GGGGGGGGAAAAAAAAGCACCGUGGCUGAAAACUUUUUUUUUUAUUUUUUUGGUGGAAAAAUGGGAAAAGUAAGAACCGCAAAGACUUCAGCCGUGCAUCCGCUGGCACGAUAAGGAGCGACAGCGAUGGAUUCGCAUGUUUUCUUCCCCCCGGAGUGGUUUUCAAACUGACAAUGGUGUCGACGGAGGAAAAAAAGCAGAUUUUCUCGCAAUUCCAUUGAAAGUAAAAAAAAUAAUAAUAAUUUACUCAUGGAGAAAGGAGCAAGUCGGGAGUCAUGAGCACAGGUGUGAAGAAGCCUCCAUUAGCUCCCAAACCUAAACUCCCUGCCACCACCAAACCCUCUCCCCCACCCAUCGCCCCCAAACCAGGUCUUCUCUCCCAACCCUCCCUCGCUACUCUCAAGAGGACUAAACCGACUGUUGCCCCGAAACCCUCCAUUCCCAAAUCCACAGCCUCGUCUCCCCCCAUCUCACCCCUGCCACCUAAACCCGGUGAACCCUUCAUCCUAACUGAGGAACAGCAGGAAGCUUUGGGCGACGGCCUCUUACUUCUUAACUCCAGAAAUGGGAUUUUAUCAGAGACGAACGGACGUGACUCGGAUUACAUCAUUCCCACCUGCUCCUGUGGGCUCCGGGAUUGUUCCCAGUGCCGGCGUCUGGAAAACGGGAACACGACUGAGAUUGGGAGCGAUUUGCACAAAGAGCCGUCGCAGAAUGGAAUUUCUACAGAAGGAUUCACGGGGACGCCGCCGCAAGAGGGAGCAGACAACCAGGAGGAGGGAGUCGAGAAGGGGGAAGGUGGAGGGAUUAGCAAAAAGCCCAGGGACAAACCUCAAAGACUGAGACACCUGGAUCGGGGAUCCGUCAACAAAGAGGCGCAGAGGACUGUCAAACAUCAGGAAAGUGCUGAUGUAGCGAAAGUGAAUGUACAGGCCGAGGCCCAAAACACAGAUUUAACAGAGUCUAUGUCAGCCUGUGAUGUUGCAGGCAGCAUCAUUGUCCCCCCGAGUAUUCCUCCCCGUGAACCUUCUGCAGAGUCCUCGCGGGUGGAACGCGGCGCUCCCAACAGGUCUCACGCCGACCUGCAGGUCCCCGCUGCCCCCAGUAAGCCUCUCCCAGUCCCUCACCCGCGCAAACCUAAAAAGCCGGCCCUGGUGAGGCAGGAUGGCGUGGAGCGCAGUGCCCCGGAUCAGGUGGCGGAGGAACGAAGACAGCGAGAGGACGAGGGGAGACCGAGUCCAGCUGACGGCGAGGAGCUCGAGCAGGACACGUGCGACGACCUUUCACCCCAGAAGGACUCCGGUUCGGGGGACGAUGAGACCGGCGCACCCGUCCCCCCUCCUCGACAGACCUCCCUCUCGCCUCGCCUUCAAAGAACGGCCCACGUGGCGCCCCCUCUGAACAAAAACACCUCCCACUCCUUAGUCCUGCUCUCGCACGCCGACUCGACGAGCCACAAAAAAGGGGGAGUGGAGCACCGCGUGGAGGAGGACGAAGAGGACGGGUACGGCGACUUCGAGCGCUACCCGGUAACUCACAGCCUCCCCAAACAGAUAAAACUCGGCUGUCACCCCCCUCUGGCUCACGCGAGGAAGGCAUUCUCCGCCGAGGAUCAGAGGUCGCCGAGGGCGCCGCCGAGAAAACCUCAGAGACACAGCCUGCCGCCCUCCAUCUGUCCUCCCGCACCCCCACACGCCAACACCCCGAUGAGAGAGCUGCCCGCGCCCCCUCAGGAGAAAACCGCCUGGCGCUUCACCCGACCCUGCGUGACCUUCUUCAGCCGGCAGAUGCCCACCAGGAGCAGCGUGCCGCCAAAGAGCCGAGCGCCGGCGCUGGGGGUCAAGCAGAGGGCGCAGUCCUUCUCGGCGGCCGACCUGGCGACCCGGGCCGACUCCCAAAAGAGGAGCCUCUCUUUCCGGAAGCUGCUGGAGCUCCGUCUGUCCGUCAAGAUGCUCCCAAAGCUGCUGGCCAAGGGAGGGCAGUCCCUGGACUGCACCAGCAUGGACUCCAGCCCGGGGGGGAGAAGCCUGGAGCGGCCCAGCAGCUGCAUGGUGGAGGCGGAUAUUCUCGCCGAGUACGAAGAGGAAUUGGUGGAGUACGAGAACGUUCCCCUGUACGAGGAGAUCCCCGAGUACAUGAACUUACCGUUUCACGGCGCGAGGCUGGGCUGGUCACAUGACCCCGACGGAGCGGAUUCAGACAUCUACGAAGUGCAGGAUCCCUAUCUCAGGGAGCACGAGUACGAGAGCGGCUGGCUGGGGCAGGACGUCCACUCCGAGGAGGAGGAGAUCCACAGCUCCGAUGAGGAGGACGGGAGCUCCGCCUCCAGCAAGGAGCACCUGGACGUGGCCGACCGACAGCAAGAGGACGAGACGAAGAGGAAGAAGGUGGUGCACAUCGCCCAGGAGAUCAUGAGCUCCGAGAAAGUGUUUGUGGACGUCCUGAAGCUUCUUCACAUAGACUUUCGAGAUGCUGUUGCCAAGGCAACCCGUCAGAAUGGGAAGCCGGUGGUGGAUGAGCGGAUCCUCAGUCAGAUCCUCUACUACCUGCCUCAACUCUACCAGCUCAACAGAGACUUGCUGAGGGAGCUGGAGGAGCGAGUGGCACACUGGAGCGAUCACCAGAGGCUGUCGGACAUCUUCGUCCAGAAGGGCCCUUACCUGAAGAUGUACUCCACCUACAUCCGCCAGUUCGACAACAACGUCGCGCUGUUGGACGAGCAGUGCAGGAAAAACGCAGCGUUCGCCGCCGUUGUCAGAGAGUUUGAGAUGAGUCCGAGGUGUGCCAGUCUGGCUCUGAAACACUACCUGCUGAAACCGGUGCAGAGGAUCCCUCAGUACCAGCUGCUGCUCACAGACUAUCUGAAGAACCUUCCGGAGGACUCGGAGGACUACAAAGACACCCAAGCUGCUCUGAGCAUCGUGAAGGAAGUGGCCAACCACGCUAAUGACAUCAUGAAACAAGGGGAUAACUUUCAGAAGCUCAUGCAGAUUCAGUACAGUCUCAACGGCCACCAUGAGAUCGUUCAGCCGGGCAGGGUGUUUCUGAAGGAGGGCACUCUCAUGAAGCUGUCCAGGAAAAUCAUGCAGCCUCGCAUGUUCUUUCUGUUUAACGAUGCACUCAUGUACACCACUCCGGUCCAGUCUGCCCAGUAUAAACUCAACAGUGUCCUCUCUCUAGCUGGGAUGAAGGUGAGUAAGCCGAGCCAAGAGGCCUAUCAGAACGAGCUGAACAUCGAAAGCGUGGAGCGCUCCUUCAUCCUGUCCGCCAGCUCCGCUACGGAGAGAGACGAGUGGCUGGAGGCCAUCGCCAAGGCGAUAGACGACUACACGAAGAAGAAGAUAACCUUCAUAUCAAGUCGAAGUCAGGAGGAGGCGGAGGGCGUCGUGGACACCGGGGCCCCGUUGGGUUCAAAGGCUCCCAUCUGGAUCCCAGACCUGAGGGCCACCAUGUGCAUGAUGUGCACCUGUGAGUUCACCCUCACCUGGAGGAGGCAUCACUGUCGCGCCUGCGGACGGGUGGUGUGUCAGGCGUGCUCCGCCAACAAGUACUACCUGGAGUACUUGAAGAACCAGCCGGCACGAGUGUGCGAUCACUGCUUCGUCAAACUGCAGGAGAACAGCGACCGCUGUGCUUCAACAUCGGUUUCUCCCAUCAAACCCGGAGCUUUCUCCUUCACGAGAAAACAGAAGAAGAUUCCUGCUGCACUAAAAGAGGUGUCCGCCAACACUGAGAACUCCUCCAUGAGCGGCUACUUAAACCGGUCAAAGGGCAACAAGAAGCAGUGGAAGAGGCUGUGGUUUGUCAUUAAGAACAAAGUCCUGUACACCUACGCUGCCAGCGAGGACGUGGCAGCGUUGGAGAGUCAGCCGUUGCUGGGUUUCUUCCUGAGGGAGGAGAAGAACGGGCCGGCUCAGAAGCUGCAGUUCAAGUUGUAUCACAAAAACACGCUGUUUUACAUCUUUAAAGCGGACGACAUCCCCACCGCUCAGAGAUGGAUCGAAGCCUUCCAAGAGGCCAUGAUUCUUGAACAGUAAUUUCAGUUUCCACGGCAGUGAAGUCUCAUCGCAGCCCCAGUUGAUAGACAACUCACGACACCCCCCCCCCCCCCCCCCCCUCCCCCCCUCCCCCCUCCCCCGAUUGAUCUCAGGUCAGGGGUCACCAGCUCAGGAAGGACUCCGGAUGGACUGUUUACUUCAAAACAGAAACCUGCUCAAAAGAACUGGGUUCUGCUCCUCUGAAACACAUCGCCAGUACCAACAACGCCUGCUGGUGCUCAGCAGACGUCGGAGUUUAAUGGUUCGUCGCAGCUGUGGGUCAAAGGUCAAGUCCAGAAACGCGCGUGUGUGUGUGUGUGUGGAAGUGAGACGGAAGCGUUGUCGGGGAAUAUUUAAAUGAAUUAUUUUAAACUGCAUGAAGGAAUCACUUUUUUUGUGUGAAACUAAAUAUACAAAACUGUCCGCCUUCAUUUGAUCGUGUUGACGUGUGUUUAAAAACCUACUGUGUCAAGAUCUAAAGAUAGAAUAAAGAAAAAAAAGAAAUACACACGCAUUCUGAACGAUUUAAACUAGUAAGAUUGUUCACCUGAAAUAGCAUAAAAGCAAAAGUAUCGUCGAUGUCUGUUUUAAGAGUUUGUUUCGUGCAACAAAGUGGGAUUUUACUGUGAAAAUCCGGCUUCUACGGAGAAACAGGAAGUUGAUGUUCUGCUCCUUCGGUUGAUCUCUCUGGUUAAGAGAUUUUACUCCUGGUUUAUUUUUUUUUAUUUUACAUGGAAAACAUUUAAAUGGUUAAAGAAACAACGUCCUGGAGAAAAACUGGAAAUGUCAUGAAUAAUGUAGAUAUUUUUCAUUCAAUUUUUUAAACCUGUAUUUUGCCUGUUAAGCCACAUUAGAAAUGGUUAAACGGGUCAAACUGCUUAUAAUGACAUGAAAGAGUAACAUUGACCCUUUUUUUAUAUAUAUAUAUAUCAGAGCCAAGAGCUAAUAUUUAUAAAAUAGGAAGAUUUAUUCUUUCAAAAGCACAGGCUGCCGCUUAUUUUGGGAGUCAGGGUCUGUUAGGAAAUGUGUUUCCAUCAGUUUAUUCUUUUAAAUUUAAAAGAGAACUUCUCACACAAGAAGGGGAUUUUUUUGUAAUUUUUCUAAUGGGCAAAUACUGUGGAAAGUAUGCACACACUAUAUUUCUAAGGAAAUGCUCAAAAAGGAAGAAAACAUUUUACAUUUUUAUGCUUUUGUGCUUUAUAUCUUCUGUUUUUAGAUGAAUUGCAAUAAUGUAGGUGCUCUGUCUGACAUGCUUCACUAAAUCAGGACACAUUUAGGCAUCCAGUUUGCAUGACUACUCACUUUCUAGCCAGGGUACUCGAGGUUUGUACUUUUUAAAAACAGUCGUUGUCCAGGUCUGUUUCCUCUUGGUUAGGUUGCUGUAUGUUGCACUACCCAAAUGUUUUUUUUGUUUUUUUUUGUGAAGGAAUAAAAUAGUUAAAUCUGUCA